AUGGAUACGAACAUGGUAUCUCCGAUGCCAGAAGUGGCUCCAAUGGCAGAAUUUGAUAAAUCGCCCCCCACGACGGCUCAUUCCAUUGGAAAUUCUCCAAAAAAGCAAAGCCAAUACGAAAAUGAUGAUUGGGGUUGUGGAAAUUGGUGCGAAUACAUGAUGGUCAUUACAUUGGCGAGCGUUCUUCUUGUUGGCUCAAUAACUUUGGUAUUAUUUUGGGCACUUUAUUAUAGAGGAGGAUUCGCAUGGCAGGAAAAUCCUAAAAAACAAUUUAAUUUGCAUCCCGUUCUCAUGAUGAUGAUGAUGGCGACCACCAUAUUACUCUACAGGAUUUGCAGGUGCUGCAGAAAAAUUUACGUGAAAUUAUUUCACGCCCUUUUUCACGCACUUGCCAUACCUUGCAUUGUCGUCGGAUUUUUAGCCGUUUGGGAUUUUCACAACUUGGGUCAACCUCCCAUACCAAAUUUUUAUUCCCUUCACAGUUGGUUGGGUUUGGUAACCUGUGGAUUGUUUAUCCUGCAAUUUGUUGUAGGAACAUUCAGCUUUUUGAUUUUACUAUGUUGUGAAGGUGCAACGGCUGCAUUUAGGGCAUCUUUAACGCCGGUUCAUUCCAGUUUUGGCAUAACGACUUUCAUGUUGGCUGUUGCAACUUGCCUCACUGGAUUUACUCAAAAAACGCUCAUUACAUUUGGAGAAACUUAUCAAAACUGGCCGGAAGAAGGAAUUAUAUUGAAUGCAAUGGGAAUGUGUUUAAUUGGUUUGGGAAUUCUUUUGUCUUAUGUCGUCCGAAGAGAUUCUCUACGAUUCAAUUAUAAAUAUAACGAAAGUGAAAAUUUGUAG